AUGGCUUCUUCACAGCCGACGAUGCCUGGUCCAUCGUCAGUAUUAUCACUACUGACGACAGACGUACUGCCUGAAGGAUCAUCAUCGUCGUCAUCAUCAUCAUCAUUACCACCUGAUGGAAUACCAUUACCACCAACACCACAACUGUUGCAACCUAGUCUACCAGCUUAUUUAGAUACAAUUAAUGAGGAAGAAUCAGAUGAUUUACGAUCUGUGAGCAGUACGUCAUUCACUUCACCCCGUACAGUCAUUGAUACAACCUUGUCCAGUAACGAACAUAUCGAUAAGCAGUCAACAUAUUCUGUUUUUUCGGAUUCUGAUUAUCGUUCACCUGAAGCUCGCAGUCCUCAACAGAUUGAUCGAGCAGUUGGUUCAGAAUCACCUAGUGAAUUAGAUUAUUCAUCUGAUUCUCAGCAAGAAAUAACUGUGAUUGAAGUAGCUCAAGCUGAUCAAACAGUUCAACCAACCCAGGCUUCAUCAUCUUCAGUUGAAGCUGAAGCAGUUGACGAUUUACCUUCAUCCAGUAAUUCAACGAAUCUAGAAUUUUCACAUCAUUUGCUACAAGAAUUAACAAAAUUAGGAAAAGAGCAACAGUUACGAUCUUUAAUUGAAGACUCAAGUAUUUCUUCAUCGUCAUCUUCGUCUGAAAGAAGUAUUAUUUCACAAGUUGCAAAAGAGAUGGCCGCUGAACAAUCACGUCUAUUGGCCGGAAAUUUGAAUAUGGAUGCUGAUAGAGAUCAAGAUGAAGAAAUUGUUUACAACGAGGAACGUAGAAAGACAGUCACUAUGGACGACGACAUCUCACUCAAUUCCGUAUCCAUAAACUUAGACGCUACAAAGGAUUCUAUUCUAAAUCAGUCUAUAACAUCUAAUCCUAUGGACGAAACAUCAAUUGUAAUGGAAUCAACAGCAAGAUCCGAAAGGCCAUCUGAACGACCGCCUUCUCCUCCUUACGAUUUACCUCCGCCUCCAGUUGAUUUAAAGAGUUCUCGCAAAGAGUAUUCCUUGCCUCCUCUUCCAUUACCACCACCACCUCCUCCUCCACCAUCUCUUCCAUUGAAGGAUUUAAGAAGCCCAAUACGUCCGGCUCCACCUCCACCUUCUAUUUUACAUCCAACACCUUUAAUAGCUAAAGCUAAAGAAUUGCAACAGCUUCCCUUCACAAUUCCAACUGGUCCUCCACCGCCACCACCUCCACCACCGCCAGCGUCAUACUCAGAUUCUUAUAAAUCUGAUCGCUCAAGAAUUUCAUCAGUUUACGAUCGUUCAGCAUCAUAUCCAUUGACUAUGACAGUUUCUCAUCCGAUGGUCAUUAACGACAGUCGAGCAGAUCAAGGCAUGAGCUCACCACCCAACGAACCUCCUCCACCACCACCUCAGCCAUUGAAUACGACAACUAAGUCCGGCUUCUCAUCACGCGAAGAUCUUCUAUCUGAGAACGCGGCUCCAUCUCGAUCAACUAUACGUGAGAUUCCUGUACAGCGAGCACCAUCGGCAGUUCCUUCGCAGUCGACCGUAUUAGAUUACAGAAUGCCUUCUAGCUAUGCACCUCCAGCAAAUAAUGAUGGCGAUGAAUAUUAUCGGCGUGAGGUUAUAUCGCGCACUAUCAUAACAAGAAGCACAGAAGCAUUAUCACAACCACCAUUAGGACGAUCAUCACCUAUUGAACGAUACAUCACAUAUCCCGAUCCAAUGACUCGUGAAGAGAGGACUGUAGAUUAUAAAGUUACAUAUCAUCGAGACAUAGAAGAAGAAGAACGUCGAUUACGAGAAGAACAAGAAAAACGACGAGUUGACGAGCAUGAACGUAGACGACGUGAAGAAGAGACUAGACGUCAAUGGGAACUUAAAGAACAAGAGCUUCUUGAUCGACUACGACGUGAUCGUGAACACAAAGAACGUGAAUUCGAACGAAACAUCACCGAACGUGAAAGAGCCGAAAAAGAUAGAAUCGAGAAAGAUCGUCUCGAACGUGAAAGGCUAGAAAUGCUUCGCCGUGCUGACUGGGAGCGCAUGGAGAAUGAACGUCGCGGAAUUGAAGAAUCAGAACUAGCUCGUAAACGGGCUAUAGAGAAAGAACGACUAGAACGCGAAAGACUGGAAGAAGAAAGACGUGAAAGAGAACGCUUAGAGCGUGAAAGAGAACGUCUCGAGAGGGAAAGACUCGAAGCUGAGAGACGCGAAGCAGAACGUCAGGAGAAAAUAAGAAUCGAACGUGAACGUAUUGAGCGUGAGCGCAUUGAAAUCGAGAGAAUCGAGAAAAUCAAACGCGAACGAAUUGAACGUGAACGCCGUGAGAAGGAAAAGCAACGUGAAGAAGAGGAUAGACUUCGACGUGAACGAGAAGAGCUUGAAAGAAUCGAAAGAGAACGUCGUCAAUUGGAAAUUGAAGAGCGGGAGCUCGUCGAAAAAGCUCGUCGAGAAGCUGAAGACCGUGAACGUGAACGUUUAGAAGAUGAAGCUCGAGAAGCACGUAGACGUGAAGAAGAACGACGCGAGGCUGAAUUACUUGCUGACAUUCAACGUCAAGCCGAAGAACGUGAACGUCUCAGAAGACAUCAAGAAAGAGAAGAACAAGAACGACUUGAUCGUAUUCGUCGUGAGCAACAACGAAUUGAGCAAGAACGUGCUGAUGCUGAUAGACGGGAACGUGAGAGACUCGAAGAAGAACGACGAGAGAAGGAACUCUUGGAGGCUCAAAAACGUGCUAGGGAUCAAAGAGAACAAGAACGUUUGGACGAUAUCGAGAGAGAGCGAGCAAGACAAGAGGAAGAACGCAAAGAGCGUGAAAGACGUGAAGCUGAACGUCGAGCUGCCAUUGAACGUGAAAGGAAGCGUCGACAAGAUGAAGAAGACGAACGUCUCCGUGUUGUUGAACUCCAAAGACUUGCUGCUGCUCGUGAUGCUCAGAGACGAGCUGAUAUCGACCGUGACCGUGAACGAGAAGAACUCGAUAGAGAAGCCAGAAAAGUUUCCGAAAUGGAGCGUUUAGAGAAAGAGAGACGCGAUAGAGAAAGAGCUGAAGAGGAACGAAGCUUGGCCGAUUUACGCGACAAGGAACGAAGAAACCAAGAAAUUCGUGACCGUGAGCGUCUGGAAGCUGCUGAACGUGAAGCUGCACGUCGAUUGGACGAUCGCCGUUCUCGUGAUAAGCUUGAUCAUUUAGUUCGUGAAAGAACUGAGAAAGAACGUUUCGAAAUUGAAAAGCGUCGCUUACUCUCUGAGAAAGAAGCCAUGAAUAAGAAGAGAUAUGACUUGACUUCUCCUGAAACAUUAGCAAAGCUUACUCGUCCUCCAUACUUUUCACGUGACAACUUGAAUACUGAAGUUACAACUAAAGUUGAACGUCAAGUUAUUGAAAGAGUUGACCGAAACGUUUGGGUUGAUGACUACCGUUAUCCAGCAUCUCACAAUGCUAUUCAAUACUCAUUGGAUAGCACUAAUGAAGAUAAUGCUCGUGAUAGACUAUACAAUCCAAAUGACUUAGGACGUAAUGGAUCUACAAGAACUAGCCGUUAUCGCGAUCGUGCACGUAUGGAAAAAGCUCGCCGUGACUUCAUUACUGGAGCCCCGGAUUCGACUGAUUUGAACGAUCGUUUCUUGAGACGUUCAACUGAUGACUUAUCUGUCAGAAGUCGUCCUGAAUACAGAGGACCACUUCUCCAAAAAUUCCAUGAUAGUGAAUUCAAAUCGAAGAAUGAUGUGGACAAUCUGCCUUACUCACGCGUUGGUCCAAGCGAAUAUGGAAAGGAAUUCGAACGUCUUCUGGAAGAAACGGAGAGAAAGUACGCCGCAUACCGCAUGAGAAUGUCUCAGCCGAACCUCUAUAGUAGAUCUAGACAGUAUUCUCAGAAUUAUGUAGAGACUGAUGUUGAUACUGGACGUCCUGAUUUAGCUUCAACAACUCGUGAGGUGGAAGAAACAAAUCUUGAUGAGAUUCAUCGUCGGUCUGGCUCUGUUGUAGAUUACAAUAGAAUGAGCCGUAGAGACGCAUCUGACCAUGCUACUGGCCCAAGUGAUGCUCAUAUUAGAAGUAGAAGUGCUGAUUAUCUCAUGGAUAGACGACUCCGUGAGGAAACUGAGCCACCUGAGAAUCAGCUCCAGAAGGCCAUGGAAGCUUCCCCAAGAUCUCGCAAUGUGUCCGAGCACGAACUUCGGUUCAGAAAGAGCACAGAGAAACUUACUGUUCCUGACUGGUACCGCGAGAAUCGCCCAACUGGCCGUCCAACUGAUGUUGACUUGACUUUGCCUAGACGUCCAUAUGUAGAUAAUUAUUCACAACAAUACAGUCAAGGAUUUAAUUAUACCAACGGAGGUUACUCGCAGGCCCCGGUUCAAACUCCAUCUGGCCACCAAAACUUGGAUAUGCCCCGCGGAAUGUUUGAUCGCUAUAAGGAUGAAAUAGAAGAUAUGAGAAGAUCAAGAAGUUCACUUCACCAUUUGGCUCAAGAUCAGAUCAACCGACAGGAGCCGCUUCGUCCAUCACCAAAACCCCGUCGUUCACUUUCACAAGAGGUUAUCACCUCUGUGCACUUCCAUGACUCAGCUCUUCCACCCAAAACCUUGCCUGGAUAUACUGUAUCCGAAAUACCUGGUACAUGGAACAUCGAAAGAACUAGAAGCUCCCGAGUAAUAGAAGUAGCAGAUACAUUUGUAGGUCCCAAAUAUCCCGAACAGCAUGGAGCAUACACAACAAGAUAUGGCGGAAGAGUUACAAUAGAAGAAGUUUUGGACUCUAUUUUCCAAUCAACAAGGCCCACACGUUUGUCUGAAGCCAAUGCUAUGGACAAUGUGUAUCAGGGAAACAACGACGGACCAGGAAUUUACACAAACAACUAUUCCUUGAUGAACAAAGUUAUGAAGCAACCGGAAAUAGCUGAGAACUUAUUGAAGUCGGAAGCUCUGUUCGUUCGCUGCUCAUUCUGUCAUCGUUCUCGCGAAUUAUCUCAAGCAAAACUCCAAUUUGUUUCUUGUAAACAUUGUUACACGUAUUAUUGCUCACGAGAUUGUCGUGCGAACGAUUGGCCACAACACAACAACCGCUGCUCAUUCGCUAGAAUUAAUACUUUAUGUAAAGAUGUCAUUAUGAAGGUUAGAGAAGAUCCUCAAGCACAAGCUUGUAUGUCCCGCAUUGCCCGAGAUGGCUUUGCAACCAGCGGACGAGGAAGUGUUAAUAUCCGAUUAGCUUCUCCUCUAGUGGCUCAGGCUUACGUCCAAAAUGGGUGGUCAGCACUACAAGAUGUUCCUCCACAACAGCUUCUUUACUUCUAUACCAUCAGUGCCCUGACACAAGAGAAGAAGGAACCAUCACUCAUUGCAUUGUGUGAACGAUAUGAUCCAUCAGUUAAAUUCAUUUUAUCAGUUAGUAUCAUAGCCGAUAUUGAGAAUUGUCCCCAAACACCUCCUCCGGAAGGAAUUGACUGGCCUAGAAUCCUGGAUUAUAACCAGCAUGUUCAAUACAAUCCAUACUCUCCAAUAACUUUAGUUCCAACUGACGUUUGA